CACUCUCUCCUGCUCCUCUCACAAUGUAACCACAAACAGCAAUUCGAUAUGGCUACAUCAAAAACUGUCAUUCUCGGCACAGGCAUCAUCGGUCUUUCUACAGCAUAUUACCUCUCCGAUUCCAUUUCUCCCUCGAGCAUCCAUCUCGUCGACCCCUCACCCGAACUUUUCGCGUCUGCCUCCGGACGCGCAGCUGGCUUCUUAGCAAAGGACUGGUUCUCAUCACCGCUGGCUGCACUAGGAGCGCUGAGUUUCGAGGAGCAUAAGCGUCUGGCAGAGAAAGAGAAUGGGAGGGAGAAUUGGGGAUACAUGCGAAGCACCGGAGUAUCGUAUACACCAGGCUUGACUGGUGGUAGGAGAACUAAGAGGGAGAGAGGAGAGGAUUGGCUACGGCAAGAUGCGAGCAGAGCAGAUGCAGCGAACGAAAGCGUCAGUGAGCUCCUUGCUGGGAAUGAAGAGGAAGCCGGUCCAAGGUGGCUGAGUCGAAGUGAGGGGGAUGCGAUGGAACUUAUUGGGGAACAGGGAACCACAGCACAAGUAGAUCCAUUACGUCUAUGUCAAUUCCUACUCAAAUCCUGCCUCGAUCGUGGGGUACAACUCCAUCAUCCGGCCCGCGCAAUCUCAGUAGGGAAAGACAUGCGGGAUGAGUUAUCUAGUAUUCGAAUACUGAAUACUGAUACCCAAGCAGUAACAGAUAUACCAUGCACUAAGAUUCUCAUCUCGGCAGGUGCUUGGUCACCGCAAGUCUUCAGCGCCCUAUUUCCGGACUCAAGAACAGGACUGCCCAUUUCGAGUCUAGCAGGACAUUCUAUUGUCGUCCGGUCUCAGAAAUGGAGCAAAGAACAUGAAGAGCAAGGUUGUCAUGCUGUGUUUACCACAGACUCGUCAGGAUACUCUCCAGAAAUAUUUUCGAGGAUGGGAGAAGAAAUUUAUAUCGCAGGUCUCAACUCUUCCGUUAUUCCUCUUCCAAAGCUCGCUACGGAAUCCGAACUGAACCAAAGGUCGAUUGAUACGUUGAAGAAAACUGCAGAAAGGUUGCUAGGUGCAGAUGGAUUUGAAGUGGUGAGAGAAGGAUUAUGCUUUAGGCCUGUGACAAACCGAGGGACACCAGUCCUGAGCCGAAUCGAAGAUGCGAAGUUGGGGAAUAUUAGUACGAGAGGUAACGAAGGGGGUGGGGUCUGGCUAGCUGCUGGACAUGGACCUUGGGGUAUCACAAAUUCAUUGGGAACUGGGAAAGUCAUGAGCGAGAUGAUAAUGAGAAAGAAGACCAGUGUCGAUAUCUCUGGGCUGGGCUUGUAAUCGAAAUUUGGCUUGCAUCAUGAAACACAGUUUAGAAAUUCUCCCUAGACCAUUGUCUGAUUUGGAGUUGUGGUGAUUCAAGCACUUGAAAGUCUGGAAUUGGGUCGAGUAUUGUAAGAACAAGUGGGUCACAGAAACGAGCACACUAUGAGCACUCAAGAUCUAUGUCUCGAAACUUCUUAGUUCAGAACUUAAAAGUCCAACAUAGAUUUAACGCCUCUGCAAAUCAUAUUGUCUGG